GGAACACAACACUGGGCCAGCACUGGUGUGCUGCUGUGGUCGCUAUGGCAACCAAACAAAACUAUUUGCGUUCUAUGUUCUGGCUUUUAUUAGGAAAAACUUAGCAUGUCCCUUUUCAAGGUACGUGAAUGGUGGUCAACACAUUGCGGCUCUGAUGAAAAUUUCGACACCAGUUGCCUUUGUAUUGGGAAUGCUGAUAACAACCCCGCAAAAACAAAUCAAAUCCUUGUGGGCAGCCAUUCCGGAGUUCUACGUGUAUACCAGCCCUCUUGCAACAUGGAAGAAGAUGGAACGUUUGAGGGCUACAAGCCAGAUCACUUGCUUCUAGAAUGCCAGAUGUCUCAGGCAGUUUUGCAAGUUUCUUUAGGGAAGUUUGUAUCUGGCUCUGACAAGGUGUACAUUGCUCUCCUUCACCCUCGGAAACUGUCCGUAUACAGCAUAACAGGGAAUGCUGGAGAUGCCGAGCCCGGUACGCAGUACCACCUGAGCUUGAUGUAUGAGCACAAUCUCCAAUAUAGUUCCUUUUCUCUUGUCAAAGGUACCUUUGGUGGUGUAAAAGACCGAGAGUUUGUAUGUGUGCAAAGCGUGGAUGGUGCCCUGUCAUUUUUCGAGCAAGGGAGUUUUGCAUUCACAAGGUUUCUGCCUGAGUUCCUACUGCCAGGGCCCUUUGCAUAUGUUUCGAAGACAGACUCCUUUGUUACUGUGAAUACUGCUUUUCAUUUUGAGAGCUACAGAUUUCAAACACUUGCUGUUGCCACGGAGGCUGCUAAGAGGCCAGCAGAUGAUGCUGAUGUUAUUCCGAAAGGCAAGCGCAUUGUUGCUGAUUGGUCUGUUUCUAUUGGGGAAGAAGCCAUGGACAUAACAGUGGCAGAUUUUUCUAAUGCUCCAACACUUAUUUUAGUUCUUGGAGAAAGAACAUUAUUUGCAUUUAAGCCAAGUGGAGAGCUCCAUUUUUUAAAGAUGCUGGAUUAUUCAAGUGCUUGUCUGUUCCCAUAUCCUAGUGCGAACGAAGGGAGCAUAAUGCUUUUGAUGGCCACGCAAAGGAGCACACUGCUCGUUUAUCAGGACACCACCUUGAAAUGGGCAGCACAGCUGACCUUUGCUCCGGUUGCUGUGGCCAGGGCUACCAUCCAGAGCAUUGAGGGAGCAGUUGUUGCUCUGUCAGACGAAGGUCAGCUCCAGUGCUGCUAUUUGGGGACCGAUCCUUCGCUUUUUGUUGCACAAGCUCCGGAGAGCCGUGAUUUUUCGUUCAGAGAAACGGAAGAAGAGUUGAAGACUCUUGAAAAGCUCAUCAAGUCAGCUACAGAAAGUUUCCCUGGUUCCAAAAAGGCUGAGGGUGAACUGAAAAUUAAAGUCAUUACAAGUACAGUAUCUGAGGAGCCUUGUUUGGAUGAUGGUGUUUAUAGCGAUGAUGGUGAUACUCUUGUUCCUUCUGUUAUAGUAAAGGUUCAUCUUGAAACAUCAACACCUCUGCAUGAUGUUCACGUAGUGGUUCAAGUUGCAAGACCUCUUGUUGCUUUGAAUGGAGACUUUACAUUGAGCAGCCUUCUUGAUUACCAUCAGAUGGCCUUCACAGUGAAACAAGCUGGAGAUGCACUGCCUUCUUCGUUGGAGCUGAAAGUGGUUGCUGUGUACCAGAGUAAGGGGGGAGCCUCAAAAGUGGCACAGGCAUCCUUGCAUUUGCCCCUAACUCUGGUUGCUCAACCAUGUAUGGCUGAGAAGACAUCUGAGCACAAACUAACCAUUGAGACCAAUAAGCCAGCUGUGCCAUCUAAUGAACUUUUUUCAGAUUUUGUGUCUGAUAUAAAUUCACAGACUGUUGGAAUGCAGUUCUUGCAUGGACCCCAAGUGAGCAUAUUAGUGUCUCGAUCUUCCCAGAAGUACAGAAUUCAGAGUGACAGCUUUGCUGCACUUUGGCUUCCAACUAUGGAGCUUAUACGACGUUUGCAUCAGUAUUACAAGCGCUCCGUUAACGGGGAAGCCUUGAAGUACAGCUUCAGCUCAAACCUGCCAUUACAAGAAUAUUUUGACAUCAUUGACAAGUAUUUUGAGGUCAGACAAAGGGGAAUGGAACUCGAGGAACACUUAGGACAAAGGGCAGCACAGUUUAGGGUGGUUCAGAAGUGUGUUCUCACAAAGCUCAAGGAUAAAACUCCAACUCCUCUAAACAAUUUUGACUCUCUACUGGAAGUCACUCAGCGAGAGCUCCUGUCAUUAGCCAAUCAGCAAAUGGAAGCAUGCAAGGCACAUGAAAAUGUCAUCUCCAUGCUCAGCUCUGCGAGUCAACUGAUACUUUUGUUACUCAAACUCAAAGUGCAGAUGAAUUCUGCCGAUUUCAAGAUCUUCCAAGCUGCAUUUUCGGUUGAUUUAAAUUCAUCUAUUAAAGAGGGCUGGGAGGAGAAACUGGAGGCUGCAUUAUGCCACCUACUUCAGACAGGGCUGAGAAACCUUGAUGAAGAGCCACCUCCAGUUCCCACAGAGCUUGUUCCUCUAAAGGAUGUGGCUAGGCUGAAAACAUUGAUUGCUGUCACCUUUGAACGACUGCUGGAUGGUGCCCAGCUCUCUUUGGAUCUGCCAAAGAGAACCACAGCUGUAAAACAAGCAGAGGAUGGUGAACAAGAUGGCUCUGACACACGAGAAGAAAUGUUUGAGCUGAGUGGUACUGCUCUCUUAUCACCUGUGCCAGGACCUUCUACAAGUAAAUCAGCCAAGCAGGACUCAGAAUUAGAACGUUGGAUGGCUGAGUCGCAGGAGUCAGGUGAUCCUGGAAAUGAUUUGUCACCCUGAGAUCCCUCAACAUGUGUACUAUAGAGCAUUGCUAUCUUGCUAUAGGAGAGGGCUUGGACUGAGUUCUGCAUUGUCAUUCAACUUAUGCAUGCGCGGAGAAUAGGUCUUAUAGGCUAUUUUCUUACACUUUUGGGGAAAUUUACGUCUAAAAUAUUAUUAUAGUCGGUGUCAUAGGCGUGCGCAGGAUUUUUCAUUAGGGGGGGCAAGGUUUCCCCAAAGCGCCCCCCCC